AUGACUCCAGAGCAGACUGAGCUGAUUACCAAAACCGUUCCAGUUGUCGAUCAGUAUGGCCAGGAGAUUACCAGGGUAUUUUAUAAAAAUAUGCUGGCUGCCCAUCCAGAGUUGUACAGUGUGUUCAAUAAGACAAACCAAGAUACAGGACACCAGGCAAAAGUCCUUGCAAAAGCCCUUUACGCCUACGCCGCAAACAUUCGCAAUCUGGAAGCUUUAGGACCUAUGGUGGAGUUGGUUUCCCACAAGCAUGUGUCUCUGGAGAUCACUCCGAACCAGUACAACAUUGUUGGCAAGUACCUCAUCGGGGCAAUGCAAGAGGUUCUAGGAGUCAAUUUCACGGAAAACAUCCAAGAGGCCUGGACUGCCGCUUAUGGUCAACUUGCCGGAAUCAUGAUCCAGAAAGAGGCUUCCCUCUAUGAUCAGCAUGACGAAUGGAAAGGCUGGAAGGAUUUCCGCGUCACGGACAUCUCUCGUGAAUCAGAUGAAAUUUCUUCAUUCUAUCUCUCCCUGUCGAUGGGAAGCCCCUUCCGUCGUUUGUUUCUGGCACGGCAAUAUUCAAUGAGCGACCUUCCUUCCCCUACAUAUUACCGGAUCAGCGUGAAGCGGGAACAUGGACAGCAAUUCGCUCCUGGUCUACUGUCAAAUACUCUCCAUGAGUUUGAGACCCCCGGUAAGACUGUGCAGGUUUCCCAUCCUCGGGGCAACUUUCUCUUGAAAGGUGUCCACGACAGGUCACCUGUUGUUCUCAUCGCUGGUGGCGUUGGCAUAACGCCCUUGUUGUGUAUGUUGAAAUCCCUCACAUCAACUGCACCCAACAUGGAACGUCAUGUCCAUCUCGUCUACGCCACGAGAACUACGUCUGCACGGGCCUUUUUCACAGAGAUUAUGGAAAUCGGUCGCCGAAACCCGACAGUUAAGCUGGCGUUCUUUGUCGAAUGUCCCGGGGAAAGUGAUCAGGCCGGUAAAGACUAUCACCAUAUAGGUCGUAUCGAUCUACGGCGUCUUGGCAUGCAGCAGGAUCUUUUCAUCGAUGAUUUUAAUACGAGAUACUACAUCUGCGGACCGUCUCCGUUUCUCGAAACGGUGAAGAGAUCUUUACUCUCUCAAGGGGUAACGUCGACCAGGAUCAAUAUGGAAAUUUUUGGUGCUGGUGGCUUCGAUGCUACUAAACCUCAGGAGCAUUUAUAG